AUGUUGGUGCUACUGGCUGGUAUCUUCGUGGUUCACAUCGCCACUGUCAUCAUGCUCUUCGUCUCCACCAUUGCCAACGUUUGGAUGGUGGGUACUUCCAGCUUCGGAACGGCCUCAUCGGGACUCUGGCUACUGUGCAACAGGACCUGCGAGCAGCUGUCAGUCAGCAGCGAUGACGAGGCUUACCUCAAAGCCAUGCAGGCCUUUAUGAUCCUCGCGAUCAUUUUCUCCGUCAUCGCGCUUGUCAUGUUCAUUGUCCAGCUGUUCACCCUGGAGAAAGGCAAACGUUUCUAUGUGACUGGAGCCGUCAUGCUGGUUUGCUGGCUGUGCAUUCUGAUUGGAGUCUCCAUUUACACAGCUCGGUUCACAGACAUGUUCGAGACCACAAAUUCUCACCACGGCUACUGCUUCAUAUUGGCCUGGAUCUGCUUUUGCUUCAGUUUCAUCAUCGGCAUCCUCUACCUUGUUCUUAGGAAAAAAUAA